CUGGUACAGAGAUCUUCCCACGUUUUCGCCCCGGGUGCCAUGGCCACUUUGAGCCGACCAGCGGCCGCGUGGAGCCCCACAAGUUCCGCCGAACGUCGGCCGCGCGCAGUGCUUCAGUCCCAGUCUCUGAGAGGCGUGGAUCGAUCACACCCCAGCCUUUGGACUGGCUCCCCGCUGGCACUCCUUUUCAGCGCCCGCCUCAGCGCCCGCACGGUACGGCCGCAGCGACGGACGCACUGCAGAGCCGCGAGUGAGAUCGAGAGCUUCCGGGAGGAGUUGCGAUCGAAGCUCUCUCAGUCCACCCCGAGUGCUCAGGGGCUCCUCGAAAAUGCCGUUGCGAGCGCGAUUCAGAGCACGGAGGAACUGGUCACAGCCACCCUGGAGGAAUGCCUCUCCGCAAAGGCCCUGCAGCAGGCCGCCAGAAUCUAUGAGACAUGGUGCAUGGACUCCGACCAUCGCUGUCCUUUGGAGCUGACCGGACAGAUUCUGGAGAUCUUGGCGCAGUACUCCAACUUCCGGGUGGCCACCACUGAGAUCCAACGCCUCCUCGAUGAGGCCAUCAUCGAUGUUCACGAGGCAGCUCAGCUCUAUGACCACGUCCUAAGAGGUUUGCUGAACGCCCAACAUCCCUUGACCGCUGACCGAGCCAACCUGGUCAUCAAGGAGAUGCUGGAGACUCAGUUGCAACCCACUGGCGACACGCUGCACCUGGUGGUCCAGGCGCAGACGCUCUACGCAGCACCGGGGUUCCUCAUCGACCUGGGGCAGACGGUCUUAGAACUCCUCCGGCGUUUUCAGACAGAGCUCACCAGCAGCGCGGUGCUGGAGAUUAGCAACGCCCACCUCCGCUCGGGCGACCUCGACGCCGCCUAUCGCUGGUUCGUGGCGAGCCAGCUGAUGCCGGAGCGGCCACCAUUACAGGAGCCUCACACGCUCAGUUUGCUCUCGCAGCUGGCCCGUGCCCUGGCCAUCGCCGGGCACGCUCUGGCGCUCAAGCGCCUCCUCCAGUGCGUGCUCGAGGGCGAUACGACGCUGCCGCCGGAGACGGCUGCGGUCGCCUUGUCCGGCUCCACCUGCGGCCGCACCCUGUGCACUUGUUGGCUGGAGCCCUCCGCCGAGCUCCUCCGACGCCGCUCUACCUGGGCCUCUGACGUCCAGAUGAAACCACUCUCCGUGACCGUCGCCGAUCAGUGGGAUUGGAAGCGGCAGGAGUCUUCCCGCCAUGAGAAGUACCAGUGGUACCCUUACCUCGCGCCAGAUACGACCCUGGAGCGUGCAUGGUUGACGCCCUUGCGUUCCAUGGACCACGGCGCUUUGGGACUGCAAGCGCAGUGGGGUGGCCAGACACCAGCGCAGGCAGCAGCACGAGAGAGGCUGGGCUCCGAUGCGGAGGCGUUUGAUUUGCCGUCCGCCGUGGCCUUGGAGCCACCGAAGCCUUUCGGCGGCGAUGGCCGCGACGCAAGCCGCCCGGUGGUGCUGCUGCCGGAGCCGCGCAGCUUUCGAUGCUACCAUGCAGACGUGGUGAAAAAGGCCUUCCCCACAUCCUCCCGGACCAACAUCAAAAGCACCAAGCAACUCAAGGAGGCUCUUUUGGCAGAGAAGAGUACCCAGAUCAUGAUGGGCACCAAACCUGUCACCUUCGCCUUCCGCCACAGUGAGAUCAAGGAGUGGUUGGACGGCGCGGAGCCUGGCUUGAUUGCUCACUUGGCGCAGCAGGAUUUGAAGAGUCUCGGACGAGAGGAGUUGGAUGAGCUGUUCCAGGAGCUCUCGACAAUUCCGAUGGAGAAGCUGAAAGCCAUGAAACUGUCUAAGAUCAAAGUCUUCCAGGCUUUGGAGGUUGCAGCAGACUAUGCGAAGGGAAAUGCCAAAGUGCCUUUGUCCGAUGAGGAGUUUCAUGAGGCGGUGCAGAAGAUGUCGGAGAAGGACCUGCAGAAAGCCUUCGAGCUGAUCAACCCAGCAGCCAGUGAUUUGAUCUUGGGCAAGGAGUUGACGACGCGGCUGGAAGCGCAGCUGUUGGCGGAACAGGAGGAGGAUGAAGAGCUGGAUGGCAGUGCCGAGGACGAGCUGCGGCUGGCGCUGGAGAACCUUCGGCUCCUCCGAAAGCUGGGCGUGGCUCCCAGCCACGCCGACCGCCGCGCGCUGCUGGCGGCGGCCACGGCGCUGGGAGAAGCGCCACUGGCACAGGAGGUGCUGAUGGAAGUGACCGUGGAGGACGUCGGUCUUCCCGAACACCGCUCCGUGGGUCCUGCGGGACGCGCGUUGGCGGAUGCCAUGCGACGUGGUGGCUGGGAUCGUCAGAGCUCGGAGGAGUUCUUGAAGGGAGAGAGGCUGUUUCCGCGGCGGUCUCAUGGACGGCUGGGAGACUUGAAGACGCGAUAUGUGGAUCCCUUGUUCGGUGGCGACUUUGGGAACGCUGAUGCUGCAGUCGAUGCUUUGAUGAAGCCCUACGAAGGUCAAUUGGCUUCCUUCAAAGGGACCCGGAAUAUCGCUGACCCGAAAGUGUUCUUUGCGUCGACUUCGCCGACCACCGUGCAAUGGGACGAGGCCUGCGAGGCGACCGAUGAAGCGGAGGAGCAGAUGAAAACGGUUCAGGUCACCAAGACCGAUGUGUUCCAGGCGCAGUCAGGAUUUUUGCGCCUCACCGGCGAGACCGCGGCGUCGGAGCUGGAGCUGCUGGAGCUGGGAGAGGCCUUGCUGAAGCAUCCAGAUGAGACGGAAAGCUUCCUGCAGUGGAAUCGGGCCAUGAGGAAGAGGUCCAAGACCAAUGGCGUGAAGAUUCUGGAGAAGAUGGGGCUGCCUGUGCCGAGGGACCUUCAGAAGAGGACUGAGUUACUGAACCUCGUGCGCAGCGUGCUGGAGACCAGGAUGAAGGCCACGACCUAAGCAUCUUGCUUCGGGGGAAGGGCGCCGCCCUGAGCGACCCUGAGCGACCCGAGAUCGGCGACGGCAGGCGGAGCUGAGAGCUGGAGAGCUGAGAGCUGCGAUUG